UAAGAUGAUCGGGUUACUCCUCUGGAUUUUCGAUCACGUUCAAAAUGUUUGCAAAGGAUACGGCUUCUUCGCUGAGCUCAGGCGCAGUGUUGUUUGUUUUCUAUUUGAUCCUUUACUCCACUGGAUUCGUUAGAAUCGAGCUGAAGUUUGAUGAUCACGAUCGCAGGCUGGAUAUUGUUGAGGAAGUCGUCGCUCUGAUGAAACACAAGAUAGCGAGGGAGAACUUGAACUCGAACGAAGAUUUUCGGAAACACGCAAACUUUCUACAUCAAAGAUUCCCAAGAAGUGCUAGUCAGAUGGCUUCUUCAAGCAAUGAAACGGCGAAUGUAAGAGGACUUUUAGAGAACAUCGUGACUUUAAGCAUGAAGAUCUGCCAACGGAAAGGAAAACACGGAAAUUUUUGCCCAGCAGGGCCACCCGGACCACGAGGCGGAACUGGACCCAAGGGCGAGAAGGGCAACCGAGGAAGAGUGGGCAAGAGGGGAGUACAAGGAAUGAUGGGGCCGCCUGGUAGAGGUGGUAAGCAAGGACCACCAGGUAUACGAGGAGAAAAAGGCAUCAAGGGAGAGAUCGGGACGCCGGGUAUUCCAGGAAUUAAAGGCGAACCAGGAGAAUCUAUUUCCACCCCAAAGGUGGCAAUUUCUUCAUCACAAAUAACUGUCAAGGAAUUUGACACCGUCUCACUUACCUGCACUGCUUCAGGAAAUCCUAAACCUCACCUUUCUUGGUCAAAGACGACAGGAUCGUUACCUAGAAACAGGAUGAAGACAACCGCCGACGGAGUGAUGCAGAUACAUGGUGUGCUCGCAGAAGACUCCGGCACCUACAAGUGUGUGGGAAGCAAUGUUCUUGGGAAUGAUGAAAAGAUCACCCAGGUCGUGGUUCAAACCUCGCCGAAAAUUUCCCUUAGAGCGGGCCCUUCCUACGUGGCAGUUGGUAAAACAAUCAAGCUUCCAAAGUGCACUGUUGCCAGUUUUCCAGCGGCAGACAUCGUUUGGAAAAAGAUAUCAAUCCCUGACUCACAUCCACGCAUGAGAGACAUCAGGAAUGGGCAACUUUCGAUCAUAAACACUCAUAAGAAAGAUUCGGGAUUUUACCAAUGCAAGGCUACUAACACUAUCGGGGUCGCUGUGGCCAUAACACAUCUAAUCGUUGUCGAUGAUCCAGUAAUCACCACCAGACCACCUCCACAGCUUUCUGUAAAUACUGGUCGAAAUGUUAGUUUACGCUGUGAAGCUAGAGGUGAGCCAACGCCCAAGGUAUCCUGGUUGAGGGAAAAUAGCAUACUACCACUUGGAAGAUCGCAUGUUAGCAUCAAUGGAACACUGAAUCUUUGGAAAGUCAAUUCUCAGGAUUCUGGUAAAUAUAUUUGUGUGGCGUCGUCAGCUGGUGUAUCUACAACCUCCACCUCCGUGCAGCUAACAGUUUUGACAGCCCAAGCUUGUACGCCGGUGGGAGUGGCUGACAUAAACAAGAUAUCCGAUGCUAGGAUGUCGUCAAGCUCACAUUAUAUAAGUUACUAUGCGUAUUACGGACGACUUAAUGGAUCAAGAGGAGGCGGAGGAUGGUGUGCUGAGACCAAAACUAACAGGGCAGACUACCUUCAAAUCGACAUGGGCGAGGUUUACUCUGUUUGUGCUGUAGCAACACAAGGGAAACUCACUGGGUCAUACGUGAAAAGCUACAAACUGCAAUUGUCCAUCGAUGGGAUACAAUGGAUGGUGUACAAAGAGUCCAAUAAAGAUAAGAUAUUUGGACGAAACACGGAUAAGAACACCAUUGUCCAACAUGUGGUUCGGAGCCCAGCUCGAGCAAGAUUUAUCCGGCUUUACCCUGUCACGUAUUCGAAUUAUCCUUGUAUGAGAGUUGAAAUAUUUGUGCGAACAGAAUAGGGAAUUGAGUAACCACGGGUGUAUAUACUGAAUUAUGGGUAUGAGAGAUUGUUUUGUUUUAUCAGAACUCAAACAAGGCGUAGGUUCACCAAGAAUUCCUUAUAGUGCUCACUUGAAAUACAAAGUACAAUGCUUUCACUCAAUUUUUUUUUUUACCAUCCAAAGUUGGUAAAAGAGUAUAUCACUCCCUGUGGAGAAGUUUUUUACUGGUAUACGCAUUCGAACAAGAAAUCAACUUAUCAACUUUUGCCAACAACAAUGCAUCAGCUGCCUCGGUGAUACGCAAAGAAGAAAUAAUCUACUCUUUGUAAUCAGUUUCAUUCUUUUUGUGUAAGCAAUGGCUAUUUUUUCAUAAAAAUUUCAGAUUGGUGCA